UCAUUAUAACUAAUGGGACAAACCCACCCGAGUCAAUUUUCACACACAAAAAAAAACAAAAUUAGGAGAGAAAAACAAGUCGUGAGUGUAACACAACCAGACCCACGUGCAGCCCCCACGAUUUAAUACUUUUAAACCUUAAUCAUUUCCGCACCCUAACCUAACUGUCACUUGUCAUUUUGACACUUGACCUCGACCACAAUUUUCCGCAUUUCCACCAAAAAACCCAAACAAAGCGUGUUUGUAUAAUGCCCACGUCCCCUUCCACACCGUAAACGUACUCCCAAAAAAUCCUUGCCCCAAAAAUGCCCAUCCUCUGAUCGCCCAUCAUGGUAGUUGUACUCGUAGUAAACAAACUCAAACACUUAAUUCUGUUCUUCGUAAGCAUCUUCAGACGCGCUUUGUGUUGUUUCCGGCGCCGCCGCCGCGUCUCCGUGGACGCCGUCCCCUUGACCCAUGUGGGCGUCGUCGCCAACCAUGGAGACCCCGAGGACUGGACAUGGGAAGACAAGCCGGGCUACAGCGAACCCAAGACCGUGCAGGACCACAUCGAGCUAUACAGGAAGCGAAAAAGCGAGAAAACCGAGCUCCAACAACAACAAGAGGAAGUGCCUAUGGAUUUUUUCGAAAACAUGGCCCCAAAAAUCACCAGACAGACGAAAGUUUACAUUAGCGAGGAGCACGGGGAGAGCAAGGGGGCGAAUCGGCUGAAUGUGGUAGAAACUGUGCCUGUGGAAACGGGGGAGUUGAGGGAGUGGGAGGAGAGCUCUGGGUGGGAAGGGGAGACGCUGGAUUGGGACGCCCAGGAGGCGCUGCGGGAGAAGAAGCGACGGGAUAGGGAGAGGAGGUUAUGGGAGCAGCAGCAGAAGAGACAGGAGAAGGGGGGGAGGUCUUUGGGGGCGAAAGUUAGCACGUAACGUUUAGUUAAGCCAAAGGGGUGUUUUAAUAGUCUUCAAGUCAUUCCUGUGAAGAUAUUUUCGUGAAUAAAUUCGAAUGUUUCAAGUUU